AUGAGAAGAAAUGGUGAGGAGCUAAAAGAUGUUCAAGUCGUUGAAAAGAUCUUAAGGUAUUUAGACUCAAAGUUUGAUUUCAUAGUUGUGGCGAUUGAGGAAUCAAAAGAUUUGGAGGUGAUGGCUGUGGAAGAGCUUAUGGGAUCCCUUCAAGCAUAUGAACAAAGAAUAUUGAAGAAAAGUGAAGGAAGAACUUUGGAGCAGGCACUCCAAACCAAACUAUCAUUCAAGCAGAAUGAAUCAUCAAGAGGAGGUCCUCAACAAGGAAGGGCUUCUACAUGGAGAGGAAGAGGUGGUCGUACUUCUAACUCCAAUUGGCAUACUCAAAUCAGAAUGAUGGAAAUGAAGGACAUGGACAUGGAAGGGGUCGUGGUGGAAGCCGAGGUCAUGGUCGUGGACGAGGUAGAAACAUUGGAUGGAGAACAAGUGAACCUUGUCAAUAAUGAGGUGGACAAUGAAGGACCAGUAUUAUUGAUGGCAUGUCAUGGGCCAGAAUCUGUCCAACCUAUUACAUGGUUCCUAGACACAGGAGCAUCAAACCACAUGUGUGGGAAAAAGGAGUUAUUUACAAAGCUUGAUGAGAGGCAAAUAGGCAAUAUCACCUUCAGAGAUCUAUCACAAAAGCCAAUUAAAGAAAAAUAUGACAUUUUGUUUGAAUUGCAAAAUGGAAAGAAGGUAUGCAUCUCAGAUGUUUAUUAUGUUCCUGAUAUAAAAAAUAAUCUUUUGAGUAUUGGCCAAUUAUUGGAGAAAGGAUAUGAUAUACAAAUGAAAGACUUAACUCUUAGUAUUCGUGAUAAAAGUAAUAAUCUUAUUACUCAUGUCACAAUGACUAAGAAUAUAAUGUUCCCACUGAAGUUAAGCAUCAAUGAAGAGAAUUGCUUGAAGACAAACACUAUGGAUAGUUACACUCUUUGGUAUCUUCGAUAUGGGCAUCCAAACUUUGAAGCAUUAAAGCUACUUUCAAAAAACAACAUGGUAUUUGGAUUACCAAAGAUUGAAAGUUCCAACCAUCUAUGUGAAAUAUGUGUUGUAGGAAAGCAAUAA